UAAAACAUACAUGUUUUUUGUCAAAAUGGCUGAAGCAAAAUGUUUAAUUUGUGCUUGUUGUUUAAUUGCCUUUGGAAAAGGAUCAAAAUUUAUUAAAGUAACUCCUGCAAAUACAACUCCAUAUUCAAAACUUAUUUUGGAGAGAAUAUGACGUAGACAAAGAGUGUUGUCCGAAAAACAUUUGUACUUCUUGCAAAACAAAUUUAUAUGCAUUGAACAGGGGUGAAACAUCAAAGUUGAAUGAUUGGAUUGAAAAAAUAUCUAAAAUUAACAGACAAAAACUCAGAAGAUCAUCUGAUUUUAGUGAAAUAUCUGAACAGAUGGCAAAGGAUAAUCAAGAGAUCAUCGAUAGAGUUAUUAAAAAGAUAUGUCCUUCAUGCUUUUCUUCAAUAGGUAAAGGAAUUUCCCAUUUUUGCUGUAAGAUUGAGGCUAUUAAAAACCUAAUUAUGUUGGCAGAAGGUCUUGAAAAUGUAUCCAGUGAGCAAGUUGCUUCUGGGAUUCUCAUAUGAAAAGGGACAAUAUUAAACCUGGAGAUAAGUUUCCCUUAAAGACUUUUGGAAACAACCUUCUUGUUGUUUUUGGCACACCUGAUAAUAAAGGUAGCAGAGCAUGCCUUAAAAAAUUGUCUUUCGAAGCUAUAAUGGAAAUCUCAAAUACCCAAAACCUAAGUAAAAGAAAAACAAAACUACUUAGCAAAAAUAUGCGACAAAACUUAAGGAAGAUGAUGUUAGAACCUAAUAUAUCAACUCAGAUUGAAGAGCUGCAUAACACUUUGUCAGAUUUUUAUGAUGUAAAAACUGAAUCAUUCAUUUCAGGGAAUGAAGAGAUAAGUCGCAGUUUGGUAUUUGUAAAAGAUACUUCUGAUUUAAUUCUUCGCAUGAUUAAAGAAAGAGGUUUGAAUCCUUAUUGCACUAUUGUUAGAAUUUCAAUUGAUGCUGGACAGGGUUUUCUUGAAUGUAUUGUAAAUGUUUUUGAUCCAUUAUGCAAAAAUACAACUUCUGGUGUAAAAAGAUCAUUGGUUUUAGCUUUAGUUGAAGAUGUUUCAGAACAUAAUGGAAAUCUUAGCAAACUAUUGAAACCACUGGCGCUGAAUGAUGUAAAAUAUUCAAUAGUAUUUGAUCUAAAAUGUGGUAAUUUUUUAUUUGGUUUAAGCAGCCACAGAGGUAAAUAUGCUUGUCUCUGGUGUGAAGGAGAAAGUACUCUUGAGAGUGGAGAAAAAAGAACUUUAGGUUCAAUUGUUAUUAAUUACAAUAAGUUUGUUGCAGAUGGAUGCAAAAAUAUUCGCAUGAAGCAAUUUAAAAACUGUAUUUCUUCUCGAAUUGUAUAUCUCGAUGAACCUUUAGAAACUUUAUUGGAACAUCUUAUCCCUCCUCCAGAGUUACACAUUUUCAUUGGUAUUCUAUGUUUGUAAAAGUAUUAAAUACUUUGUGGCCUGAUUUUGACACAUGGCUUAAAUCUAACUAUAUUAUGUUUAGAAGUUACCAUGGAAUAGGUUUGGACGGUAAAAAUUCACAGAGACUUUUAGAUAAAUUAGAUGAUCUAGAAGUUAAUCUUCUAAGCCUCUAUGCAGCCAAAUAUAAUAUUUCUACAACCUGUAGUUAAUUGUCUUAGAAAGUUUUCAAUUAUUAAAAAAAAAGGUUUCAGCUCAGUAAUUGGAGAAUCUAUUGCUGAAUCAGUUUUAGAUUUUAAAAACGUUUUUGAAAAACUGCAGCUUCAUCUUCUGGAAAAGUUUAACUAUGAAUUAAAUAUUAGCUGGAAAGUUCACAUUUUUGUGUGUCAUCUUGUUACUUUUCUUCAUCGUAGUCAGUUUAGGCUUGGUGUAUAUGCUGAGCAGGUUGGAGAAAGUGCUCAUCACUACCACUAUCAAGUAUGAAAGCGAUACAAGCGUUGUUUGGAACACAAUGAUUAUGCAAAACAGCUUAAGAAAAGUGUAAUUGAGUUUGGUAUGAACAAUUUAAAGUAGCCAUUUUCUCAUUUAAAAAAAUUUUUUAAGUAGGUGUUGCUAUUAUUGUUAAAUUUUCAAUAACAAUCAAAUAAUUGCUAUUGUUUAAAAAGUAUUAAUAUAAGGAAUUUGCAUUCCAGUUGUUAAUCUUUUUGUUACAUUUAUUGCAUUAAACUUUGUUAAUGAUAAUUUAUGUGUCCAUAGCUUGAUUAAAAAAAAAUUGUUUUAAAAUUGUAAUACCCUAUCCAUUUUUUUUUAAAUGUCUUUUUUAUAAGAUAAAUUUUUAAAUUUUGGAACUUUUUUUAAAAAAAAGAUGUUUUAACAGAGGAACUUUGGUCUGGAGGAAAUAUUCUAAUAUCUAUUACCUACCACCCCCUCCCCAUUUGUUAAAGUAUAAGUUAUAACUGUUUAUGUAAAAAAAAGUAUGUAUAAAAGUUAGUUUAGAUUUUUAAAAUUAUUUUCAAACAAUUUACCAACCCCAAUAAUAAAAAUUAAACAAAAAAAAUUAGAGUAAACCAAAAUUUACCCUGGCGGUCUUAGAAAAGCACAGUGAUUUGUCAGUUGUAUUUUUUAUGCAAGAAAUAUUGCUGUUUUUAAACUUGCCAUGGGUCAUGCUCGUUCCAGAUUUGUUUUUUAUAACAAUUUCUAUAACAAGACAAAAUCACAUAAGAUAAUAAAAUUUAUUUAUAAUGCUAUUACUGCUCUACUAUGCAUAUUUUCCUGGGAAAAGAAUUUUGAAGAAGCAGGAACUAAGCACAAACUUUGCUCAUCAUAUUGCUAUUGAGACAAUAUUGAGAAGGUAAUCAAUGUUUUCAAUAUUAUUAUAAUGUUGUCUGUUUGCUUUCGAUAUAUUUUCUUUAUUGACACUGCAGUUUUUGUGUGUUUUCAUGCCACUUCUAAAAGUACCUAAACAGUAAAAAAAAGAAAGUGCAUUACUUGAAUAAUGCAAACCAAUUAAAAUAGUUAUAUAAGUUUUGCUAUCCAACAUUGACUAUCAGGAACUAAUUGUGGGAGGUCAAACAAUAAAUUUAGACAUUUGUACCAGAUUCAUCAUAUUUAGACUUUUUAUGUUAAUUAUAUUAUUGAAUGUUACAUUUUGUGGUAUUACUUGUAAAUAUGUCAUCAAUUAGGGUAGCAGUUCAGAGAGUUACUAGAGUUGGCUUAUUUAUUAAGGGUACUGCGCUGUGCUGUAAGAGAUUAUUUAAAAAGCGUUUGACAUUGUUAUUAGUUUUUAUUUUUAAAAGAUCCAGGUCUGAGUACUGAGUUAUAUGUUUUUUUAAAGAUUUUAUAUUGCUAUCUGGUAGUCUAUAUAAGCCAGUUGUAUACGCGUUUGCUUUACUUUGGUUUGUUAUUUCAACCGUGAAAAGUUCGCAGUUUGCGUUCAGUAUGCUGAGGCUUUCUACUUUUAAAAAGUGUAUUGUAUCAUGUAUGUAGAAACAUAUUCCUCCGCCAGUACCUCUACUACGAGUUUGAUGGAGAGCUUUAUAUCCUUGUAAUUGAAAAUUUGAGUUUAUGGUAUUUUUGUCUUUGCACCAUGUUUCUAAAAGGCAUAUUACCGUAAACUCGUGAUUUACAGGCUUGGUCGGGAAGCGGGUGUGAUCGUACUCGAUAAUUGACCUCGGAAAUAUUAUUUAGUUGCGAAAAACCGGCCAGAUUUUUUAGUCGUUUUGAGAACAUUUAAAUUUAUGUAUGUUUCCUUGUUUAUCCGCAAAAUA